UCAUCGGGUAAGCAGCUGAAGUCAUUACCUACUCUUAACCAACAGGAUGUGAGGAGGCGGAAACCCCGCCUACACACACAAACAUGUUCCAUAACAUUAACCAACUCCUGAGUGGAAGAACACACUAGAGAGGACUGCUUCAGAAGAUUAAGUACAGUGACCAGCAGGAAGAAUGACCACUCUGGACGAGGUUCCCUUUAAGACCCUUUUAGGAUCUAUAGAGGGGGUGAAUGAAGAGGUGGAUCAGAUCACAGCCCCAGAUAUCACCAUCCCAGACUACCUCACCCUACUGCAGGAGACAGAGUACGUGUUCUGUUUGGAGAACUGGGUGCUCCAAGGCCUCCAGAACGGUUAUCCUAGCCAGCCCCAAACCAGCAUCCCUGGCUCCCAGUCCGAGGCCCUCCCCUCCUGCCCGCCCUACUGGCACCUCUUCAGCAGCCCCCAGGAGAGUCGCCUGGCCAGCCGACACAGCUCUGACUUCUGGGAGCCCAACCCUCGCCAGCGGUCCCGCAGCCUGAACCCAGUGGACAUGCGUGCUGGAGUCAAGUUUGUCAUCUCUGACUCCGAGGAAGAAGACUGCUCAUCGGCCGAAGGGUCCCUGGGGUCCGGGUCAGGUCAGCAUUUAACUGGGGCCCCAAAUCCCAUGAAGACCUGUACCUCUAAUGUCCUGAACUUGCCAGCCUCUCAGAGCGCUCUGGUGCCUCAUCAGCGUAAGAAGACUCUCCGCCAGUCCUCGCUGUCCAUUCUGCAGACGUCAGCAGAGGGUAGCCAGGGGACGCCAAGCCCCACAGGAGGGCCCAAGUCGUCCUCUUCCUCAACCCCGUUCCGACACCUGCUAACCAGGGCCAACACAGAGAAUAUACCCUCCAUCAGGCACAACAAGCCAACACAUUCGUCGCCCACCAUUCCCUCCGUAACCUCCCGACCCCUUGGUUCCCACGGUGUGUCAGUGUUGGACUCCUCGGUGGAGCUGCUGUCCGCACUAGGCCCAGAGGAGAGGGAACUGCUGCAGGCCAUCACGGAGAGGGGCUACCCCCUCCGCACCGCCAUCCUCGCCCUGCAGAAGACCGGCCAGCAGAGUCCCGACCAGAUCCUACACUAUUUGGUGGCCUGUGACAGACUGUGUGAGCGGGGCUAUGACAAGGCACAGGUCGACGAAGCUCUGGAGAUGUUCCAGAACUGUGAAACUAAGGCUGAAGAGUUUCUUCACCUGCUGACUCAAUUUAAUGAGAUGGGCUUUCAGCAGAAUGCUAUAAAAGAGGUUCUGUUAGUCCACGAGAACCACCGCGAGCGGGCCCUGGAAGAGCUGAUGAUGCGUGUGGCGUAACAGGGCCAAUGAUAACUCACUCAUAAUAUACACACACUUAAGCUACAAGCACAACAUAUGCAUGAACACAAAUACAACUACCAUGUUUCCUGUGUUUACUACAAAUACCUGUCGUAAGCUAAAGCAUCAUAUUAAAGGGAAGGUUCACUGACACCAUAUGUCUGUAUUUUGCUCAGUAGUCCACUGUUAAUACUAGCCCAACAAUAAUGAAUGCAUGUCAAAAAGUUUCAGUCUAAGAAUAACUGUGAUGAUGCGUGUUCAGUGAACUAUCCCUUUUAACGAUAUGGAGAACACUAAAAUUAGGACAUUUAAAGUGGCCUUUGGGGAAAAGAGAAACUUUAACGCAACAUAAUUUAAAGACAAUCAAUUACUGAUAGAUUUAUGACACUGGUCAAAAUGUGUAUGUCAUGAUUUGGCCAUUUUUAACUUAUUUUAACCAGUAUGGCCACAUUCCAAAUGGCACCCCAAUCACUAUAAGGUGUUAGGUUACUAGUAGGCCAAAUUGUCUUUAUUUCAUUGGUGUGUGUACAGAGAGAUCAGUCCCAGAGGUUUCUCAUUCUUUGGCAGGCGGCAUAAAAUAAACCACUUGAAAUUGUACAUAUAAUGUUAACUUGCACUUUAAAAUGAAUGUGAUGUAUUUUCCAUAUUUUGGUUUGUUUUUACCUAUGAUAUAGAAGCACAUAUCAAAUGCCUAUGAGAGUCUGGAUUUCUUUUAUAGAUGUGCAUUUGUGUUGUUGUUAAUGAAUCAAGAUUGAAUAAAUGUGUAAAUUAA